AUGGGUCAUGCGGCCGAAAUUCAGAACCUUACCCACCAUCAAAACAUAACUGAUGCAAUAAUAACAACUAUGGGCGAAACCAUGUUGUUGCAUCAAGUAUUACUAAGAGUUCCUACUUUUGACGGCAGAAACAUGCCUUCAAAAUCAUUUUUAGAAGAUGUCGAAAGCGCGAAAGAAGAUUCGCCCGAUGGACUUCACUCCACUCUUCUAAAAAACAUAAAAUCGAAACAAAGUAAGAAAUCGUACCCCCAAUAUUGUGCUGAUAUACAAUCGGUAAGAUUAAAUCAGGACGAAUCUGUUCUUAGUUACUACAAUCGCAUCAAAAACCUUGUUAAUAACGCCAUUUUUUCUUUAAAAGAAAAAUUUAAUAACGAACAAGAAGUAACUAGCAUGAAGAAACUAUUAGACGGGUUAGCAUUAGAGUCAUUCAAACGCGGGUUAACUGAUGACCUUGUUUACGUGGUAUCAGUUCAAAAUCCAGCUAACAUCGAAGAUGCGUACAAACUUGCCAUGCGCAUAGAAGAAGAUUUGAAAGGUAGUAGCGCUCGAAAUUCUAACUACCUGCGGUAUGCCCAAACUCAAGACCAAUCAAAUAACUCGGAACGCCCCACUCGCGUGGUUAGUUUUCAAGAAGAGGAAAGAAGAGGUACAAUCCCUCACUCUCUUAAUAGAAAUGACAUUACGUACCCAAGAAAUAAUUUUAAUGAAGAAAACAAUAAAGAGUUUGGUAAUCAGAAUAACUCAAACAAUUCAAAUCGUUAUAAUAGAAGACGUUCUCCUAAUAGAAAUUACCCUUCACAAUAUUAUCCUCCACAAAUGGGGUGCUCGACGGUCAGACGCCCCGACGAGCGAACUCCUCUUAUCGCGUCAAUCUUCAACAAUCAAGUUUCUAACAGCCGAAAGUGUAUCUACUGGUCAGGAACCUCAGGUAGAGGACCAGUAGUCGUAUUAAAGGCCCCUGAAUUAAAAAGUGGUCAAGCCGCUCAUGAAGCAUUAACAGUUUCUGGUAUUACAAAUAAUAAAGUUAAUACUGUAGGCUCAACUGAACUCACUUUCUUUAAGAAACCCCAAAAAUUUCAUGUUUUUCGAGAAACAUUACCGAUUCCCACAGACGGGAUUAUAGGUGUCGAUUUUCUAGAGAAAGAGAAGGUUGAAAUUUCAUUUCACCAUAACACCAUAGUCGCAGAUUCUAGACCGAUUUUCCCUAUUUAUUUUGAACCUUCGAAACCAAAUGAACUCGUUCCAGCUAAUCUUCCUCCUAUUGAAAAUAUUCCCUCUGUUGAAAAUAUUCCUAUUUGGGGCGAUGAGCCCACAACUUUUAUUGUUAAAGCACGCACUCGAGCUUGUGUAAAUUUGAAAUUAAAACCGAGCAAUCUUAUCACCGGUUAUUUACCGCGAAUUCGCACUGAACACGAACACAUUUACAUGGGUGAGAAUUUAGUCACAAAUUUUGAUAAUACUUGCAAUGUUUUUGUCAUUAACGCAUAUGAGGAAGACAUGAAGAUUCAGAUCCCUCCUCAAGAGAUCUUUCCUUUUGAAAGUGACGAAUUCUCUGAAGAUUUCUUCAACUCAGAUUCCAAUUCAGAAUCCGUCUUCUCUAGGGUCGACUCGGGACUUAGAAAACGCAAACCUGUUCCUCCUCCAUCCUCUAUAACCGCGGCCGUUAAAUCAAGGCAUGCGAAACAAGACGCGAAACAAAAUACGAAUCAAAACGCGAAUCAAAAUACAAAACAAGAUGCAAAACAGGAUACCAGCGUUCCAAAGCCGUUACCACCAUAUCUUGGAAUUCAAAAUCCAUUUCAAAUGAAGAGCCGAGUUCAACGAACCCCCGUGAAAAAGAAAAUUGAUACAAUUGAACCUGCAAAUAAAUCAAUACGCCCGCUUAAAUUCACGAACCUCAUGGACCCUCCAAAACCUCCUGAUCCUCCCGAUGAUCCUUUACCAGAACCUAGAGCAAGAAAUAGUGCUUUUCCUAACCUUGUACAAAAACGUAAUGCAAUUGUAGAAACUGAUUCCGAACAGGAAAACAUUCCUGCGAAAAAUCGUACAAAUGCAUUAAGAUUUGUCUUCGAUGUUAAAGAUAACACAAGCGAUUCAUCUGCUAAUACCAUAAUAGAUCCUUCAGUUCCACCAUCCUCAAAUAAAAAAAUAGUCGAAGUUUCGGCUGAAUCUUCUUUCCAAGAUCCUUAUUGGUGGGAUCUCAAUGUACAAGCAGACCAAGCCGCAACAUCAAAAGGACAAGACAAUAAAAAUCGGAAGUCUUCUCCGGUCACUUUCCAACACCCACUAGGAAAUUCUACACCUCUUUCUCAUAUUAGUGAUUCAGAGACUGAAGAUGAUCGUCCCCCACAGCAGGCACGUGCUGGUUCAUUACCCCAAAUACCUGAAGAAUUUUCAUCAGACUCCUCACUACCGUCGGAACAAGUUGAAAAUUUCGAAAACCCUAAUUCUCUCGCUCAUAAUAUUACUAAUGAACUCUUUUAUCCAAAUAUACAUCGAGAAAAACCUAAACUUUUAGAAAUACAUUCAACUAACGAAAAUUUAACAUAUUACCGAGAUAAUUAUUUACACUUCAUUUCUGCAGAUUGUGAAUUUACAACCCAAAUUUCUAGAUUAUUAAUUAAUACCGAUUAUAUCAACCCUCAAGAUAUUAAAUUAAAGAAACCUAAAGUACAGCAAAUUUUAGUAACUCCUAAAGGCAAACAUAAAGUUCUUAGUGCAGUAAUUACCGGUAAACAGUUUGAUGAAAUUUCUAUUCCAAAACUUAAAAAUAUAUUAUUUGUUCUUAAAGAUAUUAAUCAUUAUGAGUUAAAAACACUAAGAAUAUCUAAAAAUGGAGAUAUGGUGAUGAUGGGAGCCAUUCAACUAGCCAUUUUGAUAGGCUCUCUCCUGCAGCCGAUCUCUGGUUUUAUAGCUUUCGACUGUAGUACUCCCUUUUUAAAUAUCACUACGCUUUCUUUAUUGGACGUUAAAGAUUGUAAUAUUCCACCACCUAAACCUGUUAUUACACACAGCAACGUACAACUUUUACAGACCUUUGACUUUUCUAUGAUUAAGAUCAUUCAAUGUAAACUCAAGGUUCGUCAUAUUAUUCGUUAUUGUGGAGAGUUCAGCCAUCUUUUUGGUGUAAUUAAUGGCGAUAUCGAAUAUAUACACGAAUUAGGGGUAGAUGAAUGUAACCGAAUUCAUAAUAGUGGAGUUUUCUAUUUUCACGGUACACACUUAGACCUAAAACCGAAUUCAACAACUACUCGACCAGUAACCUUUCAAGGCGCAUACUCGGUAGACGGCGUCUGCCAAAGAGGUACGUAUACCGAUGCUUUUGGAUCUUGA